AUGGGAAACGCUGUUUUAUGUUAGGAACCCAAGAAAAAAACAACGAGAGGCAAACAGAGUGAUAGAGCUCCUAAAAAAAUUGAGGUUAGCGAAAGUGCCCCUUAAACACAAAGAGUAUAACAGUAAUAAUAAGUUCGGACUCCAAAACCAUAAUAAGUUGAUAAUUAUAAUUGUCAAGUUCAUUCUGAUGAACCAAUCAAAGCUGUUUGCAUGUGUGAUGAUUGCCAACACAAUAAUAAAAUUUUAUGUGUUGAAUGCUUGAUAGAUUAUCCUUGUAUUAAGAAACUUCGAAUUUCCGAUUAUCUCAGACACUUAAGAAGCUGUUUGUCGAAGGAUGCAUAAGAAGCAUUUAUGGAAUUGUUUGACGAAAAGAAUUAGGUUAAGUCUGAUUUGAGUAGACAAAUUACAGCGGUGAUUGAAAUGAUCUUAACAAAGUUGUCUUCUAUUGGAUAGCAAUAUGUUCCAAUUUUGAUCACCAAUUAUUAUUGGGCCUCACAGAGACUUCCAUUCAAAUUGAAAGAGUAGACAAUACAUUAGUUGGAGCUAAUCUUAGAGAAUAAGGCUAAUGAGGCACAUCCAGAGACCCUAGAUUUCGCAAUCUAUUUGAUUUAGAAUAAAGGAGUAGUAGAGACGAUGUGCGAGCAAAUAGAGAGGAAGAAAAAUAAAAUAACCGAAUUUUCAAAUGACUUUGUAUUUAAGUUUAAUUAAGUAGUAAAUAAAUAUAUGACAGCAAUAGAAGUAAUAAAUUCAAUCUAGAUAUAGUUUUUGUUUCAUUUAUUAACCACUCCAAUGGAGUACCUAUUGGAUGAGGAUCAGAAACCAUAAUUAAUGAGUAAGAGGAUAGUAUAGAAUAAAGACUAAACUAAUAUAUCUGGUAGAUUUAAAUAGAACGAGGAUAAGUCAAAUAUCACUUCCCCCAAGGAACCUUAACAGACAAGUAAUUAAUAAAGUUAGUAAUAAUAACAGAAGGUGAACUUUAAAUGUUUGGCUCAUAAUUAAGAAGUGUUAGCUAUUUGUGUGAAAUUGGAUUGUCAACACAAAGAUAGAAAAAUGUGUGCGGAUUGUUUGAUAGAUACAAAGUGUGUGGACAGAAUGAAGAUGAGUGAAUUUAGUGCCAGAUUGAGUAGAGUGUUGAAUAAGGAAAUCAUUGAACAAUUGGCCAUUCCUUGGGAUGACUUGAGUAUUCAUAAAGGAAUUGAAAAGCUAUUUAGUACGGCUGGAGAAAAUGUUAAGAAUUUGUUAACAGAACAAGCUCUCAGUGUUAAAGAGAUGUUCGUUAAGUUUCAUUUAAUAGAGGAGUCUACUCCUAAAGAAUUGAGGGGGUAGUUUACAAAGGAAUACUUUGAUCAAUUUAUUCAUAUGAUGACUGUAUAGUAUAUUAUUUAAAUUACUAUUUUAGAAAAAUAGCAUCGAACAAUCCUGCAGUUAUUUUGGGGAUUAAACAAUAUGUUGAGUGCCAUUGUCAAGACUGAACAAGUGUUACCAAAAAAGGCAGAUAAAUUACAACAUAAGCUUGUUAGUGUUAGUUAAUUGUUUUUGGAAAAGAUCUAGAAUCUAAUGGAUCUGUACAAGUAACAUGGCGAGAUUGAAGCCAUUUAAAAAUAGUAUCAUUUGUUGAAUAGUGAACCAUUUUGUUUAGAGGAAAGCAUAUAUAAAAUCAAAUAGGAUGGCAAAAGUUUAAGUGAAUGGGAACCCUUCCACUUUUUUAAACCAUCUGAUAAGAAUAUUAUUGAUGUGUGUUUUGUUAAUGAAAACUUAGCAGCCAUAGCAAUAAUUGAUGGAACUAUUAUAAUCUAUAAUGUAAAUUUAAAAAAACAAACUCAAAUUCUAAAACAUGGGAUAUUUGUUUUUUCUUUGAGAGCCUUUUAAUUCAAUGGAUAAUCAGUAUUGCUUUCUAGUGGAUAUUCUCCAUAAACAGGUAACUCGUUAUGCAGUUGGGAUUUAAAAAGUCUAAAACCUACUUUUAUUGUAUCAUAAGCACAUAACAACUCUAUCAGAAAAAUAAAAUAUUUGCAUGUCAAUCCGCAAUUCUCAUAAAACUUCUUUACUAAUAGUACAACUACUGCUUAGUUAAGUAGCCAAGUAUCCUAGACUGGAAGCAUGAACAGCAUAUUUUUAGAUAUUGAUGAAUAGAUACUAUCCUGUUCAGAUGAUGGCAUUAUUAAAUUAUGGAAAUUAGACACCAGUUUAAAAAUUGUUGAAGAGCAAAUCUUAAAAUAAGGACAAUAAGUCUUAGAUUUCACUUUAUUAAAUGGAUGUAUUCUAGUUGCUGCUAAUAACGACAAGACUGUAUCCAUUUCAUUACCAUUUUCAAAUAUCAACCCUUUUUAAUACAUCAAUGAUGAUUGUCUGGUCUAUGCUGUCUCACCUAUAGAUUAAUUAAUUUCGAAAAAGAAGUAAUCCAUCCAAUAGAAAUUCAUCACAGGUAAUGAAAAAGGCAUAGCUAAAAUAUACCAAUGGUAAAAUGGCAGAGCUGUCAUAAUGAAAUAGUUGAAUUUGCAUGAAGAUAAGAUAACUAAAAUUUCUAUGUUAUAACCAGGGUUUAUAGCUAGCGUGAGCAACGACAAAUCUAUAAGCUUGACUUUAAUACAAUAAGCCAAGGUCCUUACUAAAAUAGAGAAACAUGAAUACGGAAUAGUUUCAUUUGCUUACCUCAAGGCAAAUGGGUUUAUGAUAACAGCUGAUUAGGGAGGAAAUGCUAUACUUUGGAGAUGAUUAUUAAUUAUGAAAAUCUAUAAAUUGUUCUACUAAAACC